AUGCCCCCUUCUUUAAACUCUAAUAUCCUCUACAUCGGCAAUUUACCGUUUGAUUGGGACGAGAGAACUGUUGAGUCUGUUGUUUUCGGAUCAGGAAAUAUUGUAGAUGUUCGAUUAGGUUUCGACCGUGUCGGAAAAAACAAAGGUUUUUGCUUUGUCGAAUACAAAACAGUACAAGAUGCACAAAAGGCCUUACCAUUAUUGCAACAGGUGGUGAUAUAUCAAAAUGGCCGGAACAAGAAGCUAAGGGUAGAGUUGUCGAAAGAAGGAUACAAGGCCCAAACUAUUAACCCCGAUUCAAGACCAAUUAAGCAACUAAAUCGUUCUAAGUUGCCAGUCAAUGUGAAAUUGCCUAACGAGAUGAUAGCAAAUAGUCCCCACGUAAUGCAAGCUCCAGUAUUGCCAUCCAACGGGUUAAGAGGCGGCAGUAUGCAACCACCACCACUAGCCCCUCCUAUGGCUGGGGGACCAAAUCAACAAGUUCCAUCAAAACUUUUACAGGCAUCGAAGUUUUUACCACCUGCAUCAAAUUUUAGGCUAGAAACCACAGAUAAUAUAAAUGUAUCGCUAAGUAAAAUCCCUCCUCCGCUGUUGAUUGAAUUAAUUUCUCAGAUGAAAGCUUUGCUGCAAAGGGACCCAACAACGCUUCGUGAUUUCUUUCAAAAUCAACCGGAAGUGGCCUUGUGUACCGCUCAAGCUUUGUUAUUGAUGGGGUUCAUAGAUAGUGAUGUUAUUGAAGAGUCUCUGAGAUCUGCUUCAUCGACACCUCAGCUACAAACACUACAACCAGGAAAUCAAUCAACAUCUUACAUGGGUGGCCAAACAGGAGGAUACAAUAAUAGUUUUAACAGAAAUAAUGGUCAAAAUUUUCAACAACAACAACAACAGCAGAUUAUACCUGGUUCCAAAUGGCCUCAUUUACCACUUCAAAUUCAGCAGAAGCUUGUAAAUAUGCCUCCAGAUCAGGCACACUUGGCUGCACAAAUAUUGUCUUUGCUGCCGGAGAGUUUACUGGGAUUGCUGCCACAGGAAAGACAGACUGUGGACAAAAUAAGAGCCCAAUAUUUGUCGUAA